GGGAAAUGGGGGAUGGGUGGGUUGAGGGGGUUUAUAACCCCAUUGGUGAUUGGGUUGAAGAGUGGGUUUUGACCUCGGUCCCAAAGUAAGGAACUGAUCAAGAUGGAAGGCUCAUGGAAACCUUCCGCCAUGAGCUAUACGACAAGCCAGGCAUGUUUCACAGAUGCUGGACUUCCUGGGAGGAUGUAGCGGAUGAAGACGAGCAAGAUCGUCUUCGAGAACUCUGCCCCCACUACUUCCAGUUAAGAGCUCUCAUGGACGCCGCUGGUCUUCUUCCAAAACGCAUCAAGAAGCCCAAGCCGGCCCCACCGGUCAUUACCAUAUCUUCCGAUGAAUCGGAUGGAUCCGAGGAUGGGGCAGCUCCACCUUCUUGGUGGCGUGUACGGCGAAACAGAGGGUCAAAGACGUCGGAUACGGCGGCGUCUUCUGCUUCUGCUCUCACCUCUCCCCCUUCCUCAUCGUCGGACUCGGACAGUGGGGACGACCCCAUACCCCUCUCGCCUUCCGAAUACGUCGUCCCCCGACGCCGCACACCCCCACUCCCAUACAGACCCCGUCCACCCAAACGCCCAUCCCCCCGACCUGUCCCUCCCAGACCCGUCCGGAACCUCCCUCCUUCCUCUUCCGCCUCUGAAACCGAUACCGAACCCCGCCACGUCUCAGGCCAUUUCGAAAAACGCGCAAGGCGGCCCGAUACGCCCCCUCUAGAGCAUUUACCGGGGAUCUAUUCGUAUCACAAUGAACGAGAUAGGGCGAGGGUGAUGGGGCUUUUUGAUUUUGCGCCCCCAGCUCAAGGGGACGGGGUGGGGGUGGAGGUGGAGGUGAUAUCGGAGAGUAUGGAGCUGGAUAGUGAAGGAGAACCUGAAUGGGGCGGUGAUGCUGUGGUGAAAGUCAACCAACCAGAGGGAAGACGAAAGCGGAAGAGGGCCAGGCCAGGGGAGGAUACGGCGAGAGGGGAGAAUGAGAGGAGGGUCAAGAAGAAGAUGAGGAUACCGAAUUUGCAGAUUGAGAAAGAUGAUCUGGAUAGGAAGGCUGAGAAGCGGAUGGGCGUGGUCCUUGCUGGGGUGGAUCGUUUGUAA